GUGAAGAGUGAAGGUAACCUGCAGUGUGCUCGCCACUUCCACUCCAGCCAGGCACAUCAGUGUUAACUUCCCCGGAUUGUGUACCGCGCGUGGAGUGCUGUUCAUUAAGGAGGAACCUCUUCAGAAUUAGGAAUACAACAGUUAUACAAUAAACAUUUUGACUUGAUUAAUUUUCGAAUAACUUGGCAGAAAUACAGUUAUAAGUGUAGGAAGUUACUGGCAUCAACAUUUCUGAAAACAUUAACAGAUAUUUCGAAAGAUCAUAUGAUCAUAUGUAUUAAAACAUCAAGACAUAUGUUCAAGCAUCAGAAUGUUUAUUAAAACAUCAUGGUAUAUAACUGGAACGAGUUUUACUAAAACAUGAGAAUAUGAAUUAAAAUCUCAAGAGAUGCAUUAGAAAAUCAAGAUAUUAAACAUCAAGAUAAUAAAACAUCAAGAUACUAAACAUCUAGAAAUAUUAAAACAUCAAGAAAUUAAAAUAGCCAUAGAUAUUAUAACUCCAAGAUAUUAAAACAUCGAGAUAUAUUAAAACAUCAAAGGAUACAAGAGGAAACAUUGGUAAAAGAUGGUGGAGUUCAGCUUCGACUGGUCAGCUGGGAUGAAAGGCAGCUUCGGCUGGGCCGACUACCUGGUCUUCGUCGGGAUGCUGGUGGCCUCGAUGUCCAUCGGCAUCUUUUACGCCAUCAAGAGCCGCAAUAAAGCCAACGAUGAGUUCCUCCUGGGAAGCCGCAGCCUCUCCUGCUUCCCGGUCUCCAUGUCCCUCCUGGCCUCCUACAUCUCCUCUAUCCUCGUUCUAGGAGGACCGGCGGAGGCAUACUACCACGGGGUCGAGUGGUGGUACAUCUGCGGUGGUAACCUUGCCCUGAUCGUCGUUGCCUUCGUCUUCGUUCCCUUCUUCUAUGAAUUUAAACUGACUUCGAUGUACGAGGUACAUCUACGCUACGCAUCACGCUGGGUACGGUGUGUGGCCGGAGGGAUGUUUGUGAUCCAGAUGUUGCUCUACCAGGCUGUGGUCAUCUACGCCCCGGCUCUCGCCCUCGCCUCCGUCACCUACUUUCCCCUGUGGACUUCAGUCAUUGCUGUUGGUGUCAUCGCUUCCGUGUACACAGCUUUUGGAGGAAUGAAGGCCGUGGUGUGGACUGACGUGUUGCAGCUGGCUGUGUUGAUCCUGGGGCUGGUGGCCAUAACCAUCAAGGGCAUCUUUGAUAUGGGCAGCUUCCAAAAGGUGUGGGAGGUUGCCGUCCAAAACGACCGCGCUGGAUCUCACAUAUAUACGUACGGGUUCUCACCCCUGCAGCGUCACACUGUCUCCAACAUCAUCAUCGGCAGCAUAGUGAUGACCAUGUCACAGUAUUCGUGCUCCCAAACAGCCGUCCAGCGUUACGCUAGCAUCAAGAGCCUCCCUCAUGUUUACAUGGCCAUCUUCCUGGUGAUUCCCUUCUACAUCCUGCUCAUCUCCCUCGCCCUCAUAGUAGGUUUGGUGAUCUUCGCGACGUACGAAGGCUGCGAUCCUCUUGCUGCCGGCCUCAUUGCCAAGAAGGAUCAGAUCCUCCCCUUCUACGUCAUGGAUCACCUUAGUUCCGCUCCAGGCCUUCCUGGACUCUUCGUAGCCUGCAUCUUCUCUGGCUCCCUGAGCACCAUCUCCUCCGGGGUCAACUCACAAGCAGCGGUGACCUGGGAAGAUGUGUUCUCCAACAUGCCAAGGUUUGCUAAGCUCACUAAGACCUCACAAGCCAUGAUAACCAAACUCCUGGCCCUGGGCUACGGCUUCCUGGCGGUGGGUCUGGCCUUCCUGGCGGGGAACCUGGGUGGUGUUCUGCAGGCAGCCAUCGCUGUUAUCUCCUCCGUGGCUGGACCUCUGCUGGCGGUGUUUAUCAUGGCUCUCUUUAUGCCUUUCACUAAUUCCAAGGGAGCGUGUGCGGCGAUGAUCGUGGGAACUGCGGUAGCUUUAGGGUUCAGCUUUGCUGCCACCUCUCUGGGCAUCAUUCCUGAAUUGCUGCCCACCUCUACAGAAGCCUGCCCUGCCAACCUUACCCUACCCCUGCCCCCAAACACGCAUCCUGUCAGAGUUUCCGACCUGGAGUACCCACAGAAGAUCUUCGGCCUCUCGUACACGCAGCUGGGUCCGCUGGGAUUGGUUGUGGGUCUGGUGGUGGGUGUCCUCGUCAGUCUUGUCACAGGAAUGUCAGGAGGAAGGCGUGUACCACGGUCUCUGGUACAUCCGUGGGUCAGAAGGACCUUGCCUGAUCCUGAUGAUGUCGCAGCUAAAGUCAGAGCUCUGUCCUACGACAACAAGAUGGCAACGCAGUUUUAACUUCUGAUAAACUAACCUCAAAACAAAAAAUAUCAGAAGCAUGAGUGUAUGAAUGCGGCUAUUUUCCUCUGGUUAACUAGGUUAAUGGAGAUUAAUCUACGUCCAUCUAGCUAGUUUAUAUAAUAAAUAUAUAACAGAAAUUUUUAAUGUUUGCUUUGUAUUUGUAUCGUGAUAAUGUUCACUAAAGAACACAUUGUUGUUGUUGUUUGCUUCAACCUAUAUAAUACUCUUUGUAUACAGAUAUAUAGUCAAGAAUAUUUGAAUACCUAGAACGGGUAUCAAGUAAAGUGUCCAUGUAUAUACACAGAGAGACGUACACCUCUCGGUGAGCAUACACUACGAGAUAUAUAUCUUUCAGUGUACUGGUAUAUACACUGAGGGAUUUAUACC